CCUCUUUCAAGAAUUUCAUCAGAAAGUGAUUCUAGAUUGAUUUACUACACACUGCACUUCAUUCCGUACGAGAGUACCUAGACACCUAGAUACCUAUCGACCGACUUACUUACUACAUAUUAUUAUAUCAAUUACUGUCAUAAUACUUUCAAUUCAUUACGUUCUGCUCGAUACAUCCAUCUAUUUCUUUUAAACUUUCAAACCGCCUUUACGUUUCGAAACACUCCUUUCUUGAUUCCCAUUAGAAAAAAGUCUCUUCUUAAUGACCUACUGGUUGAAAAGUCGAUCCUCCUAAUCAGCCCCCGUGCUAAGGCUCGACUGUCAUUUCGUUAUUUGGUCUCCUAACCUUGAGAAAAAAGCAACCCUGGAAACAACACGAGAACUGCUUGAAUCGCUCGAUUCUUUUGGACCCUAUAAUCAUUAUUCGGUGCUCUUUUGCCACAUUCACUCCCUUUUAAACACUUAGAUGUGGCAGAGCAAUCUUGCUGGGUUUCAUUUGGAUGUUAAUCGUAAUCUCUGUGCUCGUGCCUGUCACAAAUCAUCUCAUAAAGUGGUAAUUAAAUAAACCACCGUCAGAACCAGAUUUAUUAUUCUCGAGAGGUCUGCGACCUCACGAUACAAUAGAGACAUGACGCGCCCGGAAAUCAUUCGCGCUGAUUCAAUUGACCUUCAAGACCCAAAUGCCCCAUCGGCGCAAGACCAUUCGAAGAAACAUGCAAACACCGCACCGUUAGGCACGGGGCCGCCUGCUCCACACCAGGCCGAAGCAUUGCGGGAAGUCGCAGCAGAAGUCGCAGACGAACAACAUAGAAGUCCAAGGGUUUCAAGAGAAUGGGCCAAUGGCGAAGGGCAAAUGAUACAAGAUUAUACGAGUGACGAUUCGGCUGCUGGAGGGAACGCUGCAAUGAAUGGAAACAAUCAACAAGACGAUUUGGCAAUUGCUCAAAAUGGCGGGUUGUCAGGUUCUGGGGGCGAGGAUGGAGACAUGGCGGAUGCUGAGGGAGACGAUAGCAUGGAUGAUGACAUGAUGGACAAGAUCUCAAGCUCCCCGUCAAUCGACGAUGGUGGGUAUUCUCUUCCAAAAAUAUGGCCUUCUAGGUCCGACUCCCUUUCCCGGGCAAGCUCCUCGUCGUUUUCACAAGCGUGCGGCGAAAGUUCAUCCCCUUUCGUGGAGCCACCCACUUUCUUUCCAUUACAGCCUAUGAGCGACCAGCUAGAUAUGGACCUGAGCCAGGUGGCCCACGAAAUUCAAUAUCAUCAUCAUCAUCUAGGUGAGUAUCUUGACCGAGCGAAUAGUACUACGUCCAACUACGACACCGAUGCGCCCAUACCAGUGACUCCGGAAAAGUACGGGCCUUACGUGGAGAAACAUGACCAGGAAUAUAAUGAGGAGUAUUUUCAUGACCAGCUCACAGCAAUGCAUGAUUCGGACCAGGAUAUUGCCCAGACUUCGGCUUUCGAUCCUUACGAAUACGACGAGGCAAUGACCAUACCAUACGAAAGUUCCGAAGACGAGAAGGACCUAUUUUACGAGGAUGAUGAUGAUGAUGAUGAUGAUGAUGAUGAUAUUCCAUAUGCUGCUGACUCUAGAUUUGUUGAUUCCGGAUGGGGUGGAGAGUGCUUACAAGAAUCAGAGGACAUCGAUUUCGAAUUCGUCUACGCGCUCCAUACCUUUGUCGCUACAGUAGAAGGCCAAGCCAAUGCAACUAAAGGAGACACAAUGGUUUUACUAGACGAUAGUAACAGCUAUUGGUGGCUCGUUAGGGUAGUCAAGGACAGCAGUAUAGGUUACUUACCAGCAGAACAUAUCGAAACGCCUACUGAGAGAUUAGCUCGACUUAACAAGCAUAGGAAUAUUGAUCUUACGUCGGCCAUGUUGGGAGAUCAAGCAGAGAAGUCAAAGAACCCCCUGAAGAAAGCAAUCCGACGAAGGAAUGCCAAAACUGUGACAUUUACGGCGCCAACAUAUGUUGAGGCUUCUGAUGUUGACUACUCUUCUGACGAAGAUGACGGCGAUGGAGGAUUUUACGGGCAACAAGAACAACAAACUGAACAGCAAAAGCAGACCGUUGAGGAUGACGAGAUUGCUGCAAUAGAGCCACUCAAACCGCGCAAUGAACUUCGCGAAGUCAAAUCUGAAAGUCCAGAACGUGAUAAUUCAAACGUCAAAUCCAGCUUGGACACAACUAGGAGCAGUGACGAGAUUCUUGAAGGAAAGUCGGAAGGUAGCAAAUCUAGGAAUGGUACUCUACGCAACACGGAUUCAUUCUUCAAAGAUGAUACAGUGGAAACUCGGAAAAUUACACUUACACCAAAUCUGCUUCGCGACGAUUCUAGCACUUCGACUCGAACCUCUAAUGAUUCAGAGAAACUGAAGCAGAGGCCGAGCCUCGAUAGACUUGAGAAAGAUCUUGUGUCAGACAAACUUAAGGACAAAAAGGACAAGAAGGAGAAGAAAGAGAAGGAAAAGAAACCAGGAAUGCUUAGCGGGCUUUUUAAACGAAAAGACAAGAAAUCGAAGCACCAAGAUGAUGACCUCGAAGAUUCAAUUUCAUCAAGCAAACAUUCAAGCGAGAAUCGUGCAUCAUCUCCAUCCCCUAGCAAAGACUCAGAUCUUGCAUCUGUCGAAGAAUCGAGCCCAGAAGCGCAAAAGCAUCCUGGUAAGUUACAAAAACAACCGCGACCGGAAACGUCACCAAGUCGAAAGCAAAGCGCGAGGGAAGCAAGGUCGAUAGAACCACAACUUGCAGCGAUUUCCGAGCGCGCAAUUGCAGCCGAUUCGGCACCCGGGCUUUCAUUGCGUUUGGUACAGCCUGAGCCACAAACAACGGCCUCGAAUCAGCAGGAAGCUCCCAGUUCACCCACUGUUCCGAGUCCUAAGUCACCCGGGCCAAUAUCCAAGAUCUUGCAGUCCGCAAUUUCUAGCAGUUCAGAGCCCAAACCUGUCAAAGCCAAGAAGGCAAAGGCCCGAGUCGAGUUGGAUGAUUUUGAUUCAACUUCUGAAGAGUCCGAAGCUGAAGAGCCUAUUCGUUCUUCAGGUGAACAGGCUCAACGACCUAUUCCAGGUAGCUUCCCAGAUAGUUACAUCGCCACUCCUGCAACGGAAAAUCGUAAUGCGAUGGAAGAGAGAUUGUCGGAAUCUCCAGUACAAGUUUCUCCAAUUACACCGACGAAUUCUCAUCCACCAGCACUCAUGGUAGAUACGUCUAGUCAAGAAGAGCCACCGUCACCGAUGUCGUCAUCACAUUCACCUUCGCCUGACCUGAUUGACAAUGACGAUGUUAAGAAGGGCACUGGCAGCUCUACCACUUCAGCAUCAACACCUACGUGGAGUGACUCGCAUCUUAGAACAUUCUUUGAUGAUGACACAGAUAUUAGAGAUUUAUUAGUCGUUGUCUACGACAAAUCAGGAGUAGUACCAGCAGGAUCAGAUCAUCCAGUUGUGGGUAAUCUUUUCAAAGAAGAGAAUGCCAAAUUGGCGGAUAUAACCAACCGCUUGGAUGGAAUGCUUGGUGAUUGGUUAGCUCGCAAAAUGAGGACACAAUCUUCAAGAUGAACGCUCCAUAAAAUUGUAUAUCUUACAUGAAUCAAUGAAUUUAUGAUGAGGCCGGACUGGUUUGGGCACAAUUUCUGGCGCUACUGGGAAAAGGAGGGUUGGUUUGGCAAUGGGGGAGGGGAUACCUUAUACCACAACAUUGGAUCUUUGAAAGAUUUGUUCAUUCAGCAUUGGCAAGGACACCUUGUACAUAGUCCUUCUUGCAUUGUCGGCUUGUUAUUUUUGAUUCUGCUUUUUUUUCUACUUUUAUAAUGCUCUUGAUGAGUCUAUAUAUCAAAAGAUUACUUUUAUUCGCGGUUACACGCAAGGUACACACAUACACAUGAUGUAGUAUGAAACUUUUCGUCCACUUCGG